AUGACGAAAUGGCAACAGGUAGCAGCCGCAGCUGCUAAUCCUUACUUGAGAAUUGGGAUAGUCAAACGGCGAGUUAUUUGUAAUGCGCGAUACAUCAAUCAAACGCAAUUACGAUUCAUUUCAAGGUGUAGUACUAGUAGUAAUCACGAUCAUCAAACCAAAUCAAGCCCGCAAAAUCCCCACUUUAUUAAUCACAACUCAACACCUAACAGCGGGAAAACUCCGCCACCAUUUAAAAAGGCAGAACCGUUGGAGCGGCCGACUGUGGAGACAUCUCAACCUGAACUGGCUAAUUCUGAACUGGCUAACCCUAAACUGGCUAACACUAAACUGGCUAACCCCGAACCGACCAAACUUGAACUGGAUGUACUUUUGACAAAAGAGAUGAGAGCUCUGCUUCCACACUGGGUGAAACGUACACUCACGCAGAAAUCGAAAUAUCAAAGUUGGAACCCGCAAAGAAAGCUAAGUCGUCAGGAAAUGAUAAAUUUACGAGAGUUGAAGGAAACUUUUCCUCAUUACAAAACUAUUGAUUUGGCUCAAUUCUUCCAUAUAUCACCAGAAGCUGUACGGAGAAUUUUGAAAAGUACUUGGGUACCAAAUGAUCGUGAUGAGGAUAGAUUAUUUGAAAGAAGGGAAAGACAAAAAUUGAAGAAGGAACAACAAGCUUUGGAACUGAAGAAAAUACUGAUCAAAAGAAAAAGAAUAAAGGAAACUCCAUCUAAAAUAAAGCAGGACAGGAACACCAUUGGUUUAAAUAACAAUUACAGGAAUAUAAGUAGUAAAUUCUAG